UGGUGAUAUUCCUGCCUCACCUGUCUGCCUUACCUGCCAGCCUCCUUGCACCUGCCUUGCCUGGUUAUUCCUGCCCUGCCUGAUUGUUGCCGUCUUUCCUUUCCUGCAUCCGUAGACCCUGCUGCCUUGAUAUGGUUCCUCCUGGCUUUUUCCCCUGGACUGUCUGAUCAUGAUUUGCAUCAUCCUUCCACUCGGCUGCUGUUUGGACUCAAAACCCCAGCUGGUUGGUCUCUGCUUGGGCUGUGGGGUUGGUUCUACUUUGUUCUUGUGGUCUUGCUCUGGACUGGGUCCUGGUGCUUCUUCUACCGAUCCCUGGCAGAUUGCACGAUGGGGAGGGAAUGAGCAGUGCUCAUGAGCUGCGGCUGUCGCAGUGAACGGGACCUGCUGGCUGGCCUCGAAGAUGACUCCCUGACAUCACUUAGUCUCACCCCCCACCUGUCAAGCUCAGAGGGGGAAAUCCCCACUCUUUGCCUUAGUCACCUGUGGCAGCUACACAUAUAAAUAAGCAUCCUGGUUCCUCAACUUCUCAGUCUCAAAGGAAGUCCUCCUUUACGUCCAUCAUCCCAAGCUCAGCCUGAGAGCCUCAAAGAUGAAGAACAGCUUGAGGAACCAGCUGCAAGGAGGUGUCCUUCUGUGCUUCCUCUUGAUCUCUGCCACUUCCACAGGGAUGUGGUUGCCCAGGGAAAGCCACAUUCCAUGGCAACAAUGCAGGGAUGCCUCACAAGAGGUCCUCAAGCAGUUGUGGAAGCUGAACAUCAAGAAGCCGGAGGUACCACACACAACUAUUUCCUUUCCCCAGCGAAUUGAAUGCAAGGACAGAUGUGACCCAGAUUCCCUGGGCAAAGUUCCUGACUCUCUGCAGUGCCUCACAAAAAUAAGAGAGGGACUUCACCAUUAUCAUAAGCUUCUGACCCGGUUUUCUAACUCAGGGUUAACUGCAGAGCUCCAAGAUGCCCUGAAUUCAUUGCUGCAGUUGCUCCUUAUAGAGGAUGGAGGCAGCCAGAAGGAAACAAACAGCCCAGCCAUUCUGGAUAAUGUGCAAGAGUGGGAGAAGACACCGCUGCAGAAUUUCACCCUGUGGCGUCUGCAGUCCUUUGCUGUUGUGGUGGCCAGAGUCCUUUCCCACUGCGCCUCUUUAUCCGAGGCCAGCAUGAUCUAAGGGAAGAAGCCAAUGUACGAUGUAUUUCCACUAUGUGCUUCUAUUUAUUUAUUUAAUCUUUUGUUUGUAUUGUGUUUGUUUAUGAUCUAUGCUUCUAUUUAAGCCAUUUAAUCUAUUUAUUUGUUUGUUCGUUUGGCCUGACUCCUGCUGGACACAUCUUAAAAUAUUAAGACCUUCUGUCCCAGCUUUAAAUAUCAAGGAGGAGCAAGUUUGUUAUAGAACUUCAUUUCCAGACGAGGCACCCGCACUUCUGUACUAUGUGCCCAUCCUCUUUUGUGGGAUGACUUGUGGGUUGUAACUAUUACUCUUUCCAAAGAAAGAAGUCAACAAGGGAAGUAUUUUCAUUAUGUAAUUCUACUUAUUUAAUGUGUUUAUUUAAUCUUUUUAUGUGUGUAUUUAUAAUCCAUGUAUUUAUUUAUUUAUUUACUUGCCUACUUAUUUUAUUCAUUUGGUUGGAUCCCUGCUGGAUACUGCUAUGCCACUUGAUCCAGAAUGUGUAAGGGAAGCCAUGUGCCAAUUUUAGAUUCUAAGAAGGAGCAGGUUCAUUAUAGAACUUCACUUCUUCAUUACCGGACGAUGUAUUCAUUCUCUUUUGUGGGAUGAGAUUUGCAAGUUAUACCUGUGCACAUACUUUGCAUGGAUUUACUCUA